AUGGAUACCCUGCAGAAACCUCACGUCGUAUUGGUGACAUUUCCUGCGAUGGGUCACUCUAUCCCUUCCCUAGACUUAGCCAAAUUGCUCGCUUCACACUCCCUCACCGUUAGCUAUGUCACCACUCGCACCAUAGAGCGGCGUCUACGAGGUCUCAUGGACGAAUCCCCCCAGGCCGCUGUUCUGGAUAUUCAGCUCGUCGGCCUAAGUCCACAAAGCGCCAUUGAAGCAAUAGCCGAGGGACGCGAAAGUAUGGAUCUUCUGCCAAAUGGAUCUUCCUUAGCCGUUAUUUCAUUCAUCAAGAGCCUUCGAGAGCCGUUCGAACAGUGGGCCGAAGAGCAGGGCAGUCGUCGACCAGUGUGUAUAAUCAGCGACAUGUUCAUCGACUGGACUGUGCACUCUGCGGAGAGAUUUGGAAGUGUUAGGGUCGUUUUUGCUCCAUUUGGGGCUUUUGGGACCUCUGUAUUUCACGCCAUCUGCAACUCCAUAACCACAAACACGCUGCGGAAGGAGGGCGACAGUGUCAUAAUCGAUAAUAUUUUAUCGUCUCCAUUGAAAUUUACCAAGGAACACAUGCCUCGGAGAUUUCUCGAAUCAGACAGCGCCGACACGAGGCUAAGCAUUUUAAUAGGGAUGAUGCAGUCGCUUACUAAAUGCUGGGGAAUGCUCGUCAACACGUUCGACGAGCUCGAACCUCGCUAUCUUCAGCACUUGAAAAAUCUAUUAAACGGUAAACCCCUUUGGUCUGUAGGUCCCGUGGUUCCUUUGGGCGGUAUUGCUAAUACGAGGGGAAAAAAAUCGGACAUUAGCGAGCAGAAGUUGGUGCAAUGGCUAGAUUCUAAGAGCCCGUGUUCAGUUAUCUAUGUUUCAUUUGGAAGUCAGGCGUUUCUUUCACAAGAGCAAACUCAGGCUCUGGCCAGGGGUCUUGAAGCCAGCCAUCAGCCUUUCGUGUGGUCCAUCAAAAUUUCCCCGGACACUGUAUCUGCAGAAUCAAACAGAGCAGAACUAUGUGCUUCCUACCUUCCAGAAGGAUUCGUGGAGAGAGAUAAGGGGUUGGUCAUAUGGGGAUGGGCACCACAGCUUGUUAUUUUGUCCCACCCAUCUGUGGGUGCGUUCAUGAGCCACUGCGGGUGGAAUUCCACUCUAGAAAGCAUUUUGAUGGGCGUCCCGAUGGUCACAUGGCCGAUGUUCGCAGAACAGCAUUUUAACUCUAAGCUGGUGACUGAGGAACUCGGCAUUGGCAUCCAAUUUUGCCAACACAGGGAGGCGAUUCCUUGUGAAGACAAGGUGGAGAAAUCUGUAAGACUUGUUCUCUGUAGCGACGAAGGCACGGAGAUUAGAAAACGUGCUGUGGCAUUUCAGAGAUUGGGUAAACGAUCUGUAGGAGGAGGAUCUUCGACCUUAAAUUUAAAAGAUUUUGCAAAUGAGAUGCAUAAUCUCAUGAAUUGUAAGGCUGAGUAA